AAUAUUUUUGCCGGAACUAUUAUUAUUAAGAAAAAUGAAUUUCUCGUUUCCAAACACCCCCUAAAAUUCUCUGAACCAGAAAAAAAAAAUAUCACUCUAGGAAACUGGAAAGUGUUUUCCGCCCUGGGCCUCAAACACAAAAUCACAAAGUAGGGUUUUUGACUUACAAUUCCCAAAUUCCUUGUAAAAUUAUUUCUUUUUAAUGCAAGUUGUUAGAGUUCUUUAAAUUAGGAACUCAUGUUGAGCUCCUAUUGCUCUCUCUCUCUCCCUCAGCGCCCAAUUCUUGCUCCUCCUCUCUCCAAAGUUCGGAUUCCAAACCGACCCGGUACCUUUUCUUUAACCCGGAGCUCCCGGAUCUUUGAAUCCAAUCCCAAUCUCACAAAGAACAAAUGGAAAAUUGCAUUCUUUAGGCAUGAGGGAUUCUCCCCAGAAAACCCAAAAUCUGAAUAUAUUGAGCAUUUUCUGCCUGAAGAAUUGGUAGAACCUGAGUUCGAUAAGUCUAGUGCUUGCAAAAGAGAUUGGAAAUCAACUCUUCAAGAGGCUGCAGAUGCUGUCUUGAGAGCAGUUGGUAGCAGGUGGACUGUACCAUGGACUGCAGAGACCAUUCUGCAGGUUAUGCUUCUCUGGGUAGCUGCAUUCUGGUUCAUUGGUUCUUGGAUGAUUCCUUUCGCUGCUCACAUGGCAGGGUUCAGCAAGGAAUCUCUAACAUUCAGAGGACAAGCCUUGUUCAGCCUUGUGACUGAUGUAACUGAAGGGCUUGCUGGGAUUGCAAUACUCCACCGCUGUCUGUCUCAGUUUCAUCCCCUUCCAUCAGAUUGGUUUAAAUUUAGCUUGAAAGGGAAGUGGCAUUUUGAUGUUGUGCUAGGCUGCCUCAUGUUUCCUGUUGUCAACCGAUUAUCCCAGUUCAACCUCAACUUAUUGCCCCUUAUGCCUUCUACGCCUGUAACGCUUUCCAGUGUUGAGCAGUCAAUUUUAGCAAGGGAUCCAGUAGCCAUGGCACUAUAUGCAAUAGUAGUUUCGAUUUGUGCUCCUGUAUGGGAGGAGAUAGUUUUCCGUGGUUUCCUUCUCCCUUCAUUGACCAAAUACAUGCCCGUAUGGUGUGCUAUACUGGUGAGUUCAGUCGCCUUUUCUCUGGCACAUUUUAAUGUACAGAGAAUGUUGCCACUUAUUUUCCUAGGAAUGGUGAUGGGUGUUGUUUUUGUACGGUCAAGGAAUCUAUUGCCAUCUAUGCUUCUGCACAGCCUCUGGAAUGGCUUUGUGUUCUUGGAUUUAAUGAGAUAAACGUCUUUGUCUUCUCGUUUUAGCCCUAUUGUUGGUUGAUCUUAUGCAAGUGAAGCAUAGGCUUCAGGUCAAUUUUCUGGGGUAUUCUUCUGGCAAGAAUUUUAAGCAUAUUCUCAAUGAUAGGGCAAGCUACUUCAUUGUAUCAGCAAUACAAUUGAAUGCCCAGAAAAUUUGUACAGCUACACCAACUGAAUUCUGCAAGUAACACUCAUACAGCAUGCUGAUAGGCUAUUCAGUUGAUCGAGCAUAGCUUAACAGAAUUCUUCUAGUGUUUCUGUUUGUCUUUGAUUAUAUCAGGGACAGUAAAAGCAACAAAGGGAACGAAGAUUAUAUCUCUAUUUUGGCUAAAGGCAAUCUUCCUUCUCGGAAUUGUAGAACUGCAUGUUUUAAUUUGUUAGAUGAGGACUUUUUCUCUUUCUUUAUGGUAAAUAACAAUUAUGUUUGGCUACUGUUGCCCUAGUAUUUGUCGUUUUCAACUAAUUAUAAAGUGCUUUCACAAUUUGAUCCUUCUUUGGUGUUAAUGAGCAUCCCCACAAAUCACUAUCAAAACCCAAAAUAGAGGACCAAGUACAUCAAUGCUAUACGACUCUUGCAAUGGUGCAUGUGAGAGUGGAUUGAUGACGCAAACAGUGUUAGCUUGUGCAGCAUCCUCGGGUCUUGGGAGAUUGCCUUCAUAUUCGCGGAACAGUUUCAAUGGGGGACCAUCCAUCUCUUAUGUACAUGGUCAAGUAGAUGUCAGAGCCUUUGGCAAUGGAU